AUGUCCAAAGCGACUUUCGCCGCAAUCGCCGCGGCUAGCGCGGCCACCGGAGCCGGCCUUACAGCGCUGCUCUAUUCCUCUUCCUCCCCUCGGCCUCAACAGCAACAGCAACAACAGCAACAGAAGAUACCUCCAUCUGCACCAGUGUCCUCAGCCACCCCUGUCCCGACCCAACCGGCAGCCCCGUCGCUCGCCGCCAAAUCCCUCGCCGGACCCGUCGACCCGUCCGGCAUCUACCAAUAUGGCUUCCCCGGCCCCGUCGCCGAUACUCUGCUCUCAGCUCCUCUGGCUGGCGCAUACGACCGUCGCACGCGCAACCCCGCCUGGGUAGCCGAGCACAUCACGCCGGCUUCGCUGGCGAUGAAGAACGCAGACCGCAAACAUAGCACCUUCUUCGAAGACACCAGUAUCCCCGCUGCCUUCCGCGCCAAACUGAACGAUUACUUCCGCUCCGGCUACGAUCGCGGCCACCAAGUGCCUGCGGCCGACGCAAAAUGGUCUCAGGAAGCCAUGGACGCUACUUUUGCCUUGACAAACAUGUGCCCCCAGGUGGGCCAGGGAUUCAACCGGGACUACUGGGCGCACUUUGAGGAGUUCUGCCGCGACCUGGCCAAGAAGUAUCCUUCCGUUCGCAUCGUGACCGGCCCCCUGUAUCUCCCUCAACGUGAGGCGGAUGGCAAAUGGCGUGUGUCGUACGAGGUGAUUGGCAACCCGCCUAAUGUUGCUGUGCCGACGCACUUUUAUAAGGUCAUCUACGCCGAGGAGGGCCCCGCUUCUCCUACUGGAAAGGUUGCCUUGGGGGCUUUUGUCUUGCCCAAUGCUCGGAUCCCGAACGACAAGAGGCUGACGGAGUUUGAGGUGCCGGUUGAGGUGGUCGAACGCGCGAGUGGCCUGGAGUUUGUUUCCAAGUUGGAGACGAACCGUCGCAAGCGUCUCUGUCAGGAAAUCAAGUGCGAUGUUGUCGUACGCGAGUUUAACAACUCUGCCAAGCGGAGCUAG